UUUCACUCUUUCAUUACCUCUCAGGUUUCAAACUUGAUUCUCAAAUGGCUUCUUCACCUCCCAACUCAUCUGCCUCCUCUGCCUCUGCCUCUGAUUCAAAGCCCACUCCCGCCGCUGGAUGUUGUGACCACUUGCUUGCAUCUCCAUGCAAACCAAUUCAUCCUAAUCAUACACUUGAUCUCGAUGAUUCAGAUGAAGAGUACGAACAUGGUGUGCGUGUGAUGAAUCGUGAAGAGAUGAGUCGAUACUAUCAAGUCUUACGAGACACCGACGGUUUUGAUGUACCCACUUUUCCCAACACCUAUGCUCUUGGUCUCAUUGUACCUAUCUGUGAGGAAUAUCUAUCUAAACCAUAUCUUCGAGACUGUGCCGAGAAAGCUAUUAGUCACUACAACAUACGAAAUGGUACAAACUUUGAGUUUGUGAAAAUUGUGAAGGCUAACCAGCAAGUUGUCAGCGGUUUCUUCUAUUACAUCACUUUUGAUGUCAAACAAAUUGGAACAGAGUUUCCAACAACAACUUUCGAAGCUAAGGUAUUAGAUGGGAUUGAUGAUACUAAAGAGGUAUAUUUAUGUAGACCAAAACGCUCUAGUUGAGCAUCUUUCUACCUCUUUCUCUUUUACUACAUGCAUGUGCUUAUAUCUAAUAGACACUUUUUUGCUCUUUAAGGUUUGUGUUGUUUGUGUAAUUCCAUAUGGAACUAUGGUUGCUCUUUAAUGUUUGCGUUGUUUGUGUAAUUCCAUAUGGAACUAUGGUUGCUCUUUAAUGUUUGUGU